GAACGACGUCAAGGCCUGAGUAGAGUUUAAGGUUGUUUCCGAGACUGAGCUGGGUUUGUGGUGUGUGGGGUGGGAUGGGCCAGAGGUGUGUGGUGCAGGAAGCGGUGGGUCUCCAGCGACAAGUUGGAACCACUUCAGGGGUGUUGGAAGUAGGGGUGUCAGGAGUGGAUGACAGCUGUGUUUCUGGCAUGAGGAACUGGAUGCUGGGGAUGCCAUUUGCUAAAGUGGACAGCGAAGGAGGAGCAAGUUAAGUGUCACAUACCCGAGGGGCAGCAGCUCCUGAACGGAGUGCAGAGAUGAGCUGGGGAACUUCCAGAGUUAUGGGUGUCUGGGUUGCGUUUCACACCAUCGCCCUGGGCUUGAUUGAGGUGCUCAGGUACUGGAGCCAGGUCCUUUCCACUAUGGCCCGGCGUCCGCGGAGUAGCAGGGCAUGGCACUUUGUUCUGAGUGCAGCCCGCCGAGACACAGAUGCCCGAGCCGUGGCUUUGGCAGGCACCACUAACUGGGGCUAUGACUCUGAUGGGCAGCACAGCGACUCAGACUCCGACCCUGAGUACUCUUCCCUGCCACCAUCCAUCCCCAGUGCUGUGCCCGUGACAGGAGAGUCCUUCUGUGACUGUGAGGGCCAGAAUGAGGCUACCUUCUGCAACAGCCUACACACAGCACACCGUGGCAAGGACUGCCGGUGUGGUGAGGAGGAUGAGGAUUUUGAUUGGGUCUGGGAUGACCUGAACAAAUCCUCAGCCACCUUGCUGAGCUGUGAUAACCGCAAGGUCAGCUUUCAUACGGAGUACAGCUGUGGUACUGCGGCCAUUCGGGGCACCAAGGAGCUAGGGGAUGGCCAGCAUUUCUGGGAAAUCAAGAUGACCUCUCCUGUGUAUGGCACUGACAUGAUGGUGGGCAUCGGGACCUCAGAUGUAGACCUGGACAAGUACCAUCACACAUUCUGCAGCCUGCUUGGCAGGGACGAAGACAGCUGGGGCCUCUCCUACACUGGGCUCCUCCAUCACAAAGGCGACAAGAUAACUUUCUCUUCACGCUUCGGCCAGGGCUCUAUCAUCGGCGUACACUUGGACACCUGGCAUGGGACGCUGACCUUCUUCAAGAACAGGAAGUGCAUAGGAGUGGCUGCCACCCGGCUGCAAAACAGAAGGUUCUACCCGAUGGUGUGCUCCACAGCUGCCAAGAGCAGCAUGAAAGUCAUCCGCUCCUGUGCCAGCUCCACCUCCCUGCAAUACCUGUGCUGCUAUCGCCUGCGCCAGCUGCGGCCAAACUCAGGAGAUACCCUCGAGGGCCUGCCCUUGCCACCUGGCCUCAAGCAAGUGCUACGUAACAAGCUAGGCUGGGUCCUAAGCAUGAACUGCAACCACUGGAAGUCCCCUGGACCCCCUCCUGGCACAGCCACAACUGGUGUCGAGAGCGCCGAGACCAGGCCCUGUCAGAGGAAGCGCUGCAAAAGAAGCUGACUUCUCCAGCUGAAGCGUGGCUACCUUAUUCUGUCCCUUCAAGGGCAGCAGGAGAGGGAAGAACUGAGGUCCAGGCUUGUCCCUCUCCCUGAAGCCAGGACAGGCCAUGGAGCGUGGAGGCCAGUCUACUGCAUGUGCUGGGGGAGCAGCACUCCUGUGUGUGCUCUGAGUUGCCAUGUGUCUUGGGAACAGCAGCCCAAACACUUCAGGACCUAGAUUAUAAACCUGGGAUGCUAGCUGACUCAAACACAGCCCAGGGAAAAGGAGAUGAGCUGUCCCAACCCACAGGGCCUUGGGGUUUUCCUGACUUGCAACUGCAUGUUGUCAGCUCCUGCCCAUUACAAAGAUGUCAGUGGGUGCCCUGUGAAGGGUUUUUGUCUCGUUCUCAUAGGCUAUAUAACAUUAAAACAGUCCCCAAUAAGGCCUGA